CUUAGCAACGCACAUCAUGGUGGCGCUUUUCUUGUCCAGACAACCUGUAUAUAAAUAAGAUAAAUACUAGAAAAAAGUGGAUAUACAAAAAAACACACAUUCACACACACUAAUAAUUAUUAACGAAGAUAGCUCAAUUCCUGGAUUACGAGCGAAGACCUCCCCCCGUUUUUUGACAUGGCCUCCGCAUCAGAUCCAGAAGUGAAGCAUGAAGUGGUUCCGAUUCCUGUUGCUGAAUCCAAAGAGAAGAAAGUCGAUGCUGUGUCGAGUUCCGUUUUGAGUGCCAAGACGAAGGAGGACGGCGACGACGAGGAGGAAUCGACGAAGGGUGGAUUUAAAUCCGAAGAAUUUGGAAGUGUUGACACGACGAGUGGACUUGAGGGAUUAAUGGAAACAUUGUCCAAGAUCGUAGUUCAGGCACCACACAAUACACCGAGAGAACUGGAAGAUCUCUCGAGAAUCGAAUUUCCUCUCAGUUAUCAACAGAAUGAAGACAAAGAAAAGAAGGUCUUGGAAUAUGCAGACAAUUUCCGGCGCCAAUACAUCUACUUAUAUCGUGAUCGGAAACCAUUGUUGCUCUUCCCAAAGAAUGAGUGCAGGGUGAAAAAACUGGUGUGUACAACCAUUCGACCGACUCUGUUUCCUUACCCUGAACUCUACCAGUGGCACACCAUUUCGCUGUUUGUGAGUGAUUAUCUCCAGCCAGAGAUGCUCUACCCUUCAUAUGAACUGCCAGCAACCCUUUUGUCUCCGACAACAGUUCUGAGACGCCAGAGAGGAACUUGUUUUGAAUACUGCACCCUUCUGUGUUCGCUGCUUUUGGGGGCUGGUUUUGAUGCCUAUAUUGUCAGUGGUUAUGCGACGUUGCAUAUCUGUUCAGCAGAUGAGGCUCUCAAGAUCUGCCCUUACCUGGAGACGGAGCCAGAGGUUGAGCAUCCAGUGCCAGAAAACGCGAUAAAGAAGUAUGCUGUACGACCGCCGAAGGAUUUGACCAGCAAAUUUGAAGCCAAACAAUUGUCUCGAGCCGUGAAAGAGAAGAAGGAAAACGAGGAAAGAAUUGUUGCCGAAGAAAACGCUCGGAUUGCUAAACUUGAAGAGCCAGCCGUUGACUUGAUGCGAGGGAUGCGCGUUCACAGCUGGGUGUUGGUGUUGGCAGGGAUACGAGAAGUGGGCGAGAGUUUCUUCAUUGAACCCUUCACAGGAGAGGCGGAACCCCUAAAGACAGACAGCUACCUUGGCAUAGAAUCGGUGUGGAAUCACCAGAAUUACUGGGUUAAUAUGCAAGACUGCUCAAAUGGAAUUUCGAAGAUGCAGUACGAUCUGAAUGACGGCACCAACUGGGAAUAUAUAUUUCCGCGAGACGAUCUGCCUUCCAAGCGUUUUCUAGAAGAAGAUAUCCGUCUCGACUUUGAAGAUGACGAGGAUAUUGAAAAAGAUUUUGAAAAAUACCUGGACAUGCCACCUUCUUGGGUUGCUCCUUUAGAACUGAGCCUCACAGAAUUUCAGAUGCGUUACCCGAAUGGUAAGAGAGUAAUUCUAUACAAGAAAGCCAAACUGGAGAAAUUCGCAGACUACAAGAUGCCCGAUGGAUUGGUCACAAAGAUUUCCGUCUUCAAUGACUACGAAAGAACCCAGCUGAAAAUGGUGAAGGAAAUAUUUAAGCACCGAAUUGACAAACUUUACCUCAGGGAACGCAACCACGAGACUCAUUGGAUCAUAGAAUAUUUCAAACCAGGGCGAGAAUGUUCGUUGAAAGAACAUUGCUACAAAUUUGACAGUGCGGGUCCGGAGAGUGACCGGACAAUGAUAUUUUACGACGAUGCCCGGGUAGAUGGGCUGCAAAAGAGAAUCGAAACAUCGACCUCUAUGACUGAGCAUUUUAUUGGUCGUAAAGACUUACUCUGUUACAAGUACGUUGAGUUUGGCCCACGAUUGCUGGUGUUUGCUCCUCAGAUCAGUAGCGAUUACGAACCAAGACCCAUACAGACCAUCAUCGAACAAUUUCUUCGAAACCCAGAGAAAGUGGCCAACGACGACAUUGCCAAAAGGAUUUUCUCACAAGAGAAAAUCUACAUCCAGUACCACAUUGGCGAUCCCAACGUUACGUAUUCCACCCGAGAAUUUAUCAAGUCCAGCAAAUGGACGGACCGCAAUGCCUUGUCCAUUGACUGGUCACCGGAAAUACACACAAACUUCCUGGUAGGUGAAGAGGGCUCUACCAAACGAGAAAUUGAUGUGUACAAUUUUGUAAGGAAGAUGAUAACAGAAGAAUUCGACAGCAGAGAUGAUACCAGGAAAGCUGAAAUGGAGGUCAGAAAGAUCCUGGACAACCGAAUACAAGAGGAGAGUCUAAAUGAACUCGAAAUUUCUGUUUACGACACACUACGCAACGAGAAGGCCAAAGUACGAAGGGAAAUAUUGAAAGAAAAAGAAGAACUGGAAGCGAAGAAGAAGAAAGCAACACUUGAAGUCGAUUACUUGGCACCGUUUUUGGCCCGGAUUGGAGACCCCGAAAGGUUAACUCGCGAAGAGGCGAUCGGUGUGAAAGAAGCCUGCCUGGCCGACCUCAAGAAGAGAAUCGAAGACAAAGCAAACUUAAUCCAAAUGCGUUUUGAGAAGGAAACCAAAGAGUUGGUGAAAAAACAGGAAUGGUACCAAAAGAACCAGAUGACAAUGCAGAAAAACGAAGAAGACGAAUAUUUGAAAUAUUGCGAAGAAGCCAUCUUUAGAAUCCAUGUCCUCGAGGUUCGACUCAAUCGGUACAAAGAACUGGCUCCUAUGAAGUACAUGACUUUAGACAAGAAAUUAAAAUCUGAUCCACGACUGAGUCACAUCUUCCGAAAGUCUAAUACUUAGCCGCAGACGUUGUUGAGAGGAAGACCGUCCAAGAGAAAUUGUGAUGCUAAGACGACUCCGUAGAUUAUUUCUCUUCAAAUAUUUCCAUUUUAUUUUCAUUCUGUUUUUGUUUCGUUUCGAGGAAUCGCCAUGUUUUGUAAUCCAAUGAAAUGUUUCCAAAGUUUGCCUAGUUCGCUAAAUAUUUCAUUAUUUCACCACAGUUAACAUAACAAUCAUUUUUAUUAGGAACAUGGAUAAAUAAACAUGGUUAUUUACUAUUA